ACCUGCGGAGGUGAAGAUGGAACGGGAGGAAGAGGAGGAGGAGGAGGAGUGGGAAACGAUGGGGAGGAAGGAGCUCAGAGGCGAGAGGCUUGUCUGCAUCUCGGCGGCAGAGAUGGCGAGCUACUACACAUACGGCCAGUGCUGCCAACAGCUGCUUUAUGAAAUCCUGCAGACACAAGAUGUUCCUCUGUGUGCGGCACAAAUUGGCUCUGAGCUCCAGAAGCAGUUUGCCACCCUGCCAGGGGGCCGCGGGGCCGACGGCAGCCCCGUCAUCAUCUUCCCAGAAUUCCCAUCUUUCAGCGAGCUGGAGGAAGACGAGCUCCAGAACGUCCUUGGCUACCUCAGUGGUGUCCCCAGCGUCGCAGCAUCACGAGUGGGAUUCAUCCUGGUCAUCGACAGGCGACUGGACCGAUGGGCCGCUGUAAGGGCUACCCUGCUCCGGAUUGCAGGCUCCUUUCCAGGGAAUGUAAACUUGGUUCUGGUGCUUCGUCCCACUACUUUGCUCCAGCGGGCACUGUCGGACUUCCUCUUCAAGUUCAACAAGGAUGAGUUCAAGAUGAAGGUGGUCAUGCUGAGUUCGGUGACCGAGCUCCAUGCCUACAUCGACCCAGGACAACUAACCACAGAGCUGGGGGGCUCGCUGGAAUACUGCCACGAAAGCUGGAUUUCACACCGCACUGCCCUUGAAGCCUUUGCUCUCAUGGUGAAGACAACAGCUCACACUCUGCAGGCCUUUGGCACCGAGCUCGCAGAGACAGAAUUACCCAACGAUGCCGAGGCCACCGCCAGCCUGCUACACGCGCACUCUCUGAAGAAGGACAAAAUGAAGGAGGACCUGCAGGUGGCGCAGUCUCAAGGAGGCCGCCUGUUGGAGUGCAUCAAUGAGCCUCUGCGCACGGACCCAGACUACAGCAUGACCCACGAUGAGCUGGACAACUUAGCCACUGUACAGCGACUCCUGGGUCAGUUGGACGAGACGAAGACGGCAUUUGAUGAUUUCUGGGAGCGGCACCGCGCCAAACUGGAGCAGUGUUUGCAGCUUCGCCAUUUCGAGCAGCACUUCCGUGAGGUACGCUCCCAGCUGGACGUGACAUCAGAGCGGUUAUGCGGCUUCUCGGAGGUCAGCGUGAGCCCCGCCCAUGCCGAGCACGUCCUCCAAGAGCUCAGCGGUCACGAGGAAAAGGCCUGCGACGUUCUGGACUACGCCCUGUCACUGGCCAGCGAAGGCGACAGUCUAAUCGAGAGCUCUCACUAUGCUGAGGACUCCAUUCGGCCAAAGUGCAGUGAGCUGAGAGGAGUGUGUGAAGAGAUCAGCUCCACUCUGAGGACCAAGAAGAACUUCCUGUUAACAGCAAUGGAGCUCCACCAUGCUCUGGAGAAGGCUUCCCGUUGGUGCGAAGAGGGAAUCUUUUUACUGGCAAGCCAGCCGGUGGACCGAUGUCAGUCACAGGACGGAGCGGAGGCAGCCCUGCAAGAACUGGAACGAUACCUGGAGACGGCGCUGCUUCACACCCUCGUCGACUGCAGUGCCAUCUGCUGCCAGUAUGAGGCGGUGCUCACACCUCAGCUCAGGGACCAGGUGGACAGAGUUUUCCAGAAGCAAAGCUCCGUCCAGGAGAUGUUUGAGAAGAGACGCAUCAGCCUGAAAAAACUUGCCGCCAAACAGACACGUCCAGUUCAGCCUGUGGCACCAAGACCGGAAGUCAAGUCCCCGCAGGCGUCUCCCAAUCAACAGAGGAAAGAGAGGAGGUACUCUGCAGAUAACGCCCUCUGCAAGAAGGUGGAGUCCCCCGUACACAAUGGUGGCACCAGACACGCCUCCCUCUCAGAAGAAGAAGAAAACCUGGCUGUGCUGCGACGCCAUGUGAUGAAUGAGCUGCUGGAGACGGAGAGAGCAUACGUGGAGGAGCUUCUGUGUGUUUUGGAGGGCUAUGCGGCAGAGAUGGACAACCCCACCAUGGCUCACCUCAUUCCCAGCACGCUGCUGAGCAAGAAGGACAUCCUCUUUGGGAAUAUGUCUGAAAUCUACCAGUUUCAUAAGAGGACGUUCCUGAAGGAACUGGAGGCAUACACCGACUGCCCUGAACUUGUGGGCCGCUGCUUUUUGGAACGAAUGAAGGACCUGCAGAUCUACGAGGCUUACUGCCAGAAUAAACCUCGCUCUGAGAGCUUAUGGAGACAGUGCUCCGACUGUGCCUUCUUCCAGGAGUGUCAAAAGAAGCUGGAGCAUAAACUCGGAUUGGACUCCUACCUCCUUAAACCCGUUCAGAGAAUCACCAAGUACCAGCUGCUGUUGAAGGAGUUCUUAAAAUACAGCAAAGGCUGUGAUGGCUGCAGCGACCUCCAGGAAGCGCUGUCCUCCAUUCUGGGCAUCCUUAAGGCUGUCAAUGACUCCAUGCACCUGAUUGCCAUCACAGGAUAUGAGGGAAACCUCUCGGAGCUGGGUCGUUUGCUCAUGCAGGGCUCCUUCAGUGUGUGGACGGAGCACAAGAAAGGCCAUGCCAAGGUCAAGGACCUAGCCAGGUUCAAGCCCAUGCAGAGGCACCUGUUCUUGCAUGAGAAGGCCCUGCUCUUCUGCAAGAAGAGGGAGGAGAACGGCGAGGGAUACGAAAAAGCCCCGUCUUACAGCUUUAAACACUCUCUCAACAUGAGUGCGGUGGGAAUCACAGAGAGCGCGAAAGGAGACAACAAGAAGUUUGAGAUUUGGUGUAACUCCAGAGAGGAAGUCUUCAUUGUCCAGGCUCCCACACCUGAGAUCAAAACGGCGUGGCUGAACGAGAUCCGCAAAGUUCUCACCCAGCAGCUCCAAGCCUGCAGAGAUGCCAGCCAGCAGAAGAGCGGAGACUCCCCGAACCACGCCAGCAGCAACGGCUCCAUCUCCCUCAGCCCCUUCUGGAGCAGCAGCCAGAAGAACCAGAAGAAGCCGGAGCCCAGCCCCGCGUCCGACAGCAGCUCUUCACCCAAACACAAAGAUGAGACGGUGACAAGUCUAACCACGGACAGGUCCUCGGUGGCUAAAAAGCGUUUUACUUUGCAGGGCUUCAGCACUCUCAAGAGUCCAAAAGACUGUCUGCCUCCUGGCGGCUCAGCCUUGAGCCCCGAGCACGGCGCCAAGCGCAACUCGGCCAAGAGCGACCCGACUCCGUUUGGGUUCAAAGAACGAGUGUCUCUUGUUUGUUGUCCUCGUCCAGCCCCGCACGUCAGCCUGAGCAAAGUCAAGUGGACCAGCGCCUCGAGUCUGUUGCAAAGCAAGCGGCGAGGUUGGCCCAAGACGUCGCUCUCGGUGGACGCCUCUGAGGAGAACGAUGGCUACUCCAGUGGAGAGGAGCCGCUGAACUCUGACCCCGAGGAUGACGUAGCACAGAAGCUGAUGGUGUUGCCUUUUUCCCCCCUUCAGGUUCCGGGGAAGUACACGGUGGUAGCAGACUGCGAGAAGGCGGGGCCUCAGGAGCUGUCCGUCAAGAGCGGCGACGUGGUGCAGCUGAUCAGAGAGGGCGAGGAGGGGCAGUGGUUUGUGAAGAACCUCCGCAGCAGCAAGGAGGGUUGGGUGGCACCGGCGAACCUACCGGGCCUGAUCUCAGAGUCCAAGUCGUCCCAGUCGCUCAGCAGCUCAGAUGACAGCGUCUCCGGCAACCUCAGCACCUCCUCCAGCUGCAGCGAGACCUACACCAGCUUCUCCGACAUCAAACCCUGACCCGUCCGCCACGGCCGUUUGCUGCAUUUCAACAGAAAACCAAAAGUGUCGGGUGGCGCCGGCGAUGUUGCCGUGACAAGUCUGUGUGUGUUUCACUAUGUAGCAUUGACGCUGGUCCGUGUGGCGCCCCGACGACUGCAGAGAAAACGGGCGUCAAGCUGCAAUCAGGCAAACUAUCACUCUGGAAAUGUCUUUGAGUGCAGCUCAGGCCUCUUCUCAUGAAUAUCCAAUGAGACCUGCGCCCGCGGUCAGCUAGGCCUCUGUCACGUAGACAAAGCAAUCAGAGACGGGACAUGGACCUUGUUCUUUUGUCGGGCUCGCCUCUCAGCUGCUCCGGAUUAACCCCUGAGGAAGCCCGGGGCUGGUAGGUGUGACUGCAUUCCCGCCCCCACUGGGACUGAAGUCUUGAGUGUGCACAUUCUUGCACGUGCAAAACGUCACCAAACAUCACAUUUGAACGCGUAGCCUCAUUAGUCACGCUUAGGGAAUUGUUUCUGCUUAUCUGCCGAGAAAUGUCAUUAUGGGAACUCCAAUUUCUGAUUGUCGUGGGCCGCUGCUUGCUCGUCUUAGGAACAAAAACAGGCUUUGUCCCAGCCCAGCUCAGGCAUUUCAUAGUAGUCACCUCCCUCCGAGCAAGCAGACUCAGACCUGCUCAGCUUGUUUGCACCUUUCAGCCUUCCAACGCUCUUGCUUUAGUACGGUGCUGCCAUGUAGCUCGCUGACAGACGCGUCACCACUUCGUGCAAGAAACGCGUGAGGCGGCGCACCUCUGACAAUCGCCCGGGAACCUUUCGGGCCCUCAUCGCUCACGUUGACUGCACUUGCAAGGCAGUCUCUUGGUUUCAGUUCACGAUAAACGUGCGACAGUGAACCUUAUUGCUCGGAACGGCCCUUAUUUGCCUCCCGUCUCAAUCCGGUGUUCUUGAUGGCUUAUCCUGGUGCUUUUCGUGGAGAACCACUUAAAGCAAAAUGUCUCUCCGUCAAAUCGAAUUCCCCCCCAACACGGAAUGCAUGUCUUCCCAGUGAAAGGACGCGUUGUUCACAUGCAAAAGAUGAAAACUCGGCCAGCGAAUCUCAACCGGAAGCUGUCCUUGUGUGUUGGUCAGUGUAACACAGAAGUGGAUGUAGCUGUUGUACAAAUGUGUUCUCUCUCGCCACACACACACACACACACACACAUAUAUAUAUACAUACAGGUAUACCUCACAUGUAUUCCUCCUCAAGAGCAUGCUAGUCAUGAAGAGGAUUUUUUUGUGAGUCUUUUGUGCAUCGUCACUCAAACAUUUGUACCAGCUAAUACAUUACGAGUGGUUAUUUUCUGCCCCACACGGGCACUAAACUUGUCAGUGUUUGAUCACAAUCAUUUGUACUUUCAAGGCUGGAGAAAUUGGUUAUAUUUUCUAGUUUGUUUUUAUGCAGCACAUUGCAGCAACCACGGUCUUUAUUUUCCUACUGUAUAUCUGCUGAUUAUGGCAUUGAUAUAAAGCUAUUAUCUGUGUAUAUUUGUAAAUAUGUAUUUCUUUAUUGUAUGUAAAAUCAGAAGCUGCUUUAAUAAAGUCUGAGAUGAUUUCCUCUA